UCACCCUUCAGAGCCAAACAAACCGAACUGAAGAACGUAAUGUGCAAGGCCAACCUCCAUGUUUUCUCCCUCCUAUUCUUGAUCUUGAGUUCUUUCUGCGAGUCCAACAACCAACUAACACAGGCAAACUCACUCUCCCCCGGCGACAUGCUCAUCUCUGAGGGGGGAGUCUUUGCUCUUGGCUUUUUCCCCCCAACCAACUCCAGCAAGAGCUUGUACCUUGGAAUCUGGUACCACAACAUCCCCGACUACCCCGAGCGCACCGUCGUGUGGGUCGCCAAUCGCGACAGCCCAAUCUCCAACCAUUUAUCCGUGAAGCUCACCGUCACCAAUAGUUCAGAGAUGGUGUUGUUCGACUCUGAAGGACGCUCUGUUUGGAUGACGGCGAACACCACCACCGCUGGAGGUGCAGACGGAGCUGUCGCGGUUCUGCUCGACUCAGGUAACUUUGUGCUCCGGUUGCUCAACGGCACGGUCGUGUGGCAAAGCAUCGAUCAUCUCACCGACACCAUACUUCCAAACACGAGGGUCUUGCUGAGCUACAAGGCACAGGUGGUUGGACGCCUCGUUGCCUGGAAGGGCCCUGAUGAUCCAUCUACUGGGGACUUCUCCUUAAGUAUGGAUCCCAGCUCGAACAUUCAACUCUUCAUCUGGAAUGGGAGAUUGCCGUACAAACGCUCCCUUGUUGUCAACGAAGUUUCAGUAUCCGGCGGCACAUACCAGAGCAACACCACCUCUGUCAUGUCUCAGUAUGUCUACUACAGGGGGGAUGAGUUGUACUACACCUACACAGUCUCUGAUGGGUCACCCUACACACGCAUCUUGCUUGACUACAGAGGCAACCUGAGCCUCCUGAGCUGGAACAACACCUCAUUGUCGUGGACACUUGCUUCUGACACCCCCAGUUACUGUUUCCUCUACGCCUCUUGUGGCCCGUUCGGUUACUGCGACGCGACAGCUGUCCCGACGACAUGCCGGUGCCCUGAUGGGUUCGAGCUCGUCGACAGUCUCGACUUAUCGAGAGGAUGCCAGAGAAAGGAAGUGCUAAGAUGCGGAAAGGAGAACUAUUUCGUGACCAUGCCCAACAUGAAGGUCCCUGACAAAUUCUUGCGCAUUAGGAAUACAAGCUUCGACCAGUGUGCAGAAGAGUGCUCCAGAAACUGCUCGUGUAUGGCAUACGCCUACGCCAACUUGAGCAGUGCUGGGGGCACUAUGGGCGACAUAUCGCGGUGUUUGGUUUGGACUGGGGAUCUCAUCGACAUGGAGAAGGCCAGCUUCUAUACUGAGAACUUGUACAUCCGGCUUGCCGAACGUCCUGUUCAAAAGAAUGGAGAAUUGCUGAAGAUCUUACUGCCAAUCAUAGCAUGUCUUCUGCUACUAGCAUUCGUAGCCCUUGUCUGGAAAUGUAAGAGAAGAGGCAAACAACAAAAGAAGAAAGUCCAAAAGAAAAUGAUGCUAGAGUACUUGAGAUCUACCGAUGAAGCGGGGAACAAGAAUAUAGAGUUCCCAUUUGUUAGCUUCGACGACAUUGUUGCAGCAACAGACAAUUUCUCUGACACCAACAUGCUUGGCAAAGGAGGUUUUGGUAAAGUUUACAAGGGAAUGCUGGAUGGUACCACGGAAGUAGCUAUUAAGAGACUAAGCAAGGAUUCUGGACAAGGCACGGAGGAAUUCAGAAAUGAAGUAGUCUUGAUUGCAAAACUGCAGCACAAGAACCUAGUUAAGCUUCUAGGUUGCUGUAUUCAUGAAGAUGAGAAGAUGCUGGUUUACGAGUACUUACCCAACAAAAGCUUGGACUACUUCCUCUUUGACUCUGCAAGAAAAUCAAUGGUUCAGUGGCCGACAAAGUUCAAGAUAAUCCAGGGAGUAGCAAGAGGAAUCAUGUACCUCCAUCAGGACUCAAGAUUAACUAUAAUCCAUAGAGAUCUCAAAGCAAGCAACAUUUUGUUAGAUAAAGAGAUGAGCCCUAAGAUAUCAGACUUUGGUAUGGCCAGGAUAUUCUGUGGUGAUCAGCAUCAAGCUAGUACUAACCGGAUUGUUGGGACAUAUGGUUACAUGUCCCCUGAAUACGCAAUGGAAGGUGCCUUUUCGGUCAAGUCUGACACAUACAGCUUUGGUGUUCUACUGUUGGAGAUUGUGAGUGGAUUAAAGAUCAGCUCACCAUAUCUUAUCAUGGACUUCCCUAAUCUUAUAGUCUAUGCAUGGAACUUAUGGAAAGAUGGCAAAACAGAAGAGUUAGUGGAUCCAUCUGUUAAGGAGGAUUGUCCCUUCGAUGAAGUUUCACGAUGCAUCCACAUAGGGCUUUUGUGCGCUCAAGACAGUCCGAACUGUAGGCCGCUCAUGUCAACAAUUGUGCUGAUGCUAGAGAGUAAAAGCACACCACUCCCAACACCACAGCAUCCUCUGUAUUUUGCACGAAGGGAUGCCGAACCUGCAAGAGGCAGCGACGACAGGGUACCGUCCAUGAAUGACAUGAGCCUCACGGUGGUCGAAGGCCGUUAGAUGUCAAAUGGCUACUUUUUAUAUGCACGAGUCUUAUGAUUUUUCAAGGGUAAGAGUCUUACCUGAACUGUACAUGAUAAGUGAAUUCCAGGAUAGCCAUUCUACUGGCUGAGUGUGUGUGUGUGUGUGAGAAACAUUAGCUGCACUGAGUCAAAAAAAAAAAAUCGCUGCAAGGUAUUGAUAUUUAUUUAUAUCGGUAAUGCGUCAUUUCUUUUGUAAUAUUGGUAUUUAAAUC